AUGACGGAAAACGGAACUCAAAUAAAUAAAACGGAUUAUGAUUCUAUGACACCAGAAGAACAAAAAGAACACGACAGACUUCUUAGGGAAAAAGAGGAAGCUGAACAAGCGGCAUUACCAUAUAAAUGGAAACAAACAUUACAAGAAGUUGAUAUAACAAUUCCUGUUCCCAAGGGAACUCGUGGUCGAGAUGUGAUAGUUACUAUCAAAAAGAAAAAUUUAUUAGUAGGAUUAAAAGGUCAACCACCUAUCAUUGAGGGUGAAUUAUGUAAAGAAGUUAAACAAGAAGAAUCUACUUGGACUAUAGAGGAUCAAAAAGAAAUUUACAUUCAAUUAGAAAAAACGAAUAAACAAGAAUGGUGGAAAAAUGUAAUUACUACUCAUCCACCUAUUGAUACCACAAAAAUUCAACCUGAAAAUUCUAAAUUAAGCGAUUUGGAUGGUGAAACUAGAUCCAUGGUUGAAAAAAUGAUGCAAAUGGGUAAAAAGACAUCCGAAGAACUUCAAAAAGAACAAUUGUUAAAAAAUUUUGCGGCUCAACAUCCCGAACUUGAUUUAUCCAAUGCCAAAAUUUCUUAA